GAGAGUUGGCGUUUUCCUUUUCACACAUAUCAACUAGAAAAACACUGGAAAUGCUAUAAAUAUUUAUGAGAUUAAUCUCUGUGUUACUCGGGUAACGGCUACUUCUGCUGUUCGCGAAGUAGAGGGAGGAGACUGUUGCUGCGAUUAUUCAGUUCCAGAUUCACUAAUGGAUCAUUACAACUGCAACAGUGGGGAGCUUUGGAAUUGGCAAAGGGAUGAUAAUUGCCCACAAAAGGAUUAUAAUUAUGAUGUAUCAAACUGCUGUUGGAAUGAAGUCACUCUGAAUGAGGAAGAUAUUUCCUAUAUGUUGGAGGGUCAAACAACCCCCAUGAAGGCCUGCAGUGAUUUGAGUGUUACUCAAAGCGAGAAUAUAAACAAGGAGCCAGAGCAACGUAGGGAGGCUUCUUCACAAGUAAAGAGGCGACGGAUGCUACAGUUUGAUACUGAAGUAGUAGAUUCCCUAUUUUGCAGUGAAGAGAUUCCACCUGUUUUUAUAAAAUCAAAUGAGAGGAAGGACUCGUUUGAAGAGGUUUUACCUCAAGUGUCAGAGUGGGUAUCUGGGUUUUCAGAAAAUGUGCCUGCCUCCAGUUACAAAGGACUAGAUCAGUCAUCUGAGGAAUGGCUUGCCGAAUGCUUUAAUGACACUCAGAUGAAUUUUAUCUGCGAUGACAUGAAUUAUGCUGGAGCAGCCAAUACUCAAAUUGAUUUUUCAGAGUUGUAUAAUAGUCUGACUGAAACUGAAAACGUGGUUCAACAGCAAGUUACUAGGACUCCUCGAAAUAUUGUAUUCAAAGGUAGGAAAGCCAUCAUACAGACACCCACUAAGUUAGCUUCUUCUGUUACUUCUCCAUUUACCUUCAUCAAACCUUGUGGAGUCCAUGGAGAUGUUACUUUGAAGGACAUAAACCAGAAGAUCCACACUCCAACAAAAUCAAAGCAAAUUUACGAAGAUGCUGCUGUUUACCCUACUUCGCCCUUCUCUGGCAAGCCUGUGGUCGGGAAAACUAAAAUUCGUACAGAUGGAGGAAAAGGUAGCAUCACAAUCAUGAGAACCAAGGGAUAAGUAAAUGAGUGUUUUUCAACUGUGCUAUGGCCUAUAAAUAAAGCCUUCUAUUGUCUCUGUUGUUGUUGGAAUUCAUAUAUCACAAGAAAGUGUUUAUGUUUCCAACUGUUAUUAUUCUGGUUGUCGUAUAGCUGUUGUUCUCUAUACAUGGUGACAUUUGUCCAAGACUGGAAUGAAAAACCUGUGUGUAUCAGAUCUCGCUAUUUUCCUUUCGCUGAAUAAUACUGUGAAAAUACCAUUUAAACA